UGUCGCAACGUGGCAUGUGUAUUUUUAAUAAUAUCUGAUAAAUAUUUUUGUUCUUCUGUUGCCAUUUGAAUUUUUACAUUCACAUUAUUUAAGCAUAAUACAAUAUAAUAUUUUGCAAAAAUAAAUAAUUUCUUCUAAAUUCGUAAAAUAAAUAGAUACAUAUAUAUAUAAGGAUUCGUCUUGUUACUGUAACUUAAUGUCCAUUUUUGACAUUUCAUUUAAUUUUUGUCGUUAACCCCAUGAUCAAAACAAUGGCGGGUUCUGCAUUAAGACGAUUAAUGGCAGAAUAUAAACGUGAGAAUUACGUUUAAUUUAUUGCAAUUCGCACUUUAUUAUAGAUAUUAUAGUUAACCUUAAAUCCACCUGAAGGUAUUAUUGCUGGUCCAAUAAAUGAAGAAAAUUUUUUCGAAUGGGAAGCCUUAAUCACUGGACCAGAAGGAACAUGUUUUGAAGGUGGAGUUUUUCCAGCAAAAUUAAUAUUUCCACCAGAUUAUCCAUUAAGUCCACCAAAGAUGCAAUUUACUUGUGAGAUGUUUCAUCCAAAUAUCUAUGCAGAUGGCAGAGUAUGUAUAAGUAUAUUACAUGCACCUGGUGAUGAUCCCAUGGGUUAUGAAAGUAGUGCAGAAAGAUGGAGUCCAGUUCAAAGUGUAGAAAAAAUAUUGUUAAGUGUGGUAAGUAUGUUAGCAGAGCCAAACGAUGAAAGUGGUGCAAAUGUUGAUGCUGCUAAAAUGUGGAGGGAAGAUCGCUCAGAAUUUGAAAGAAUCGCUCAAAAAUUAGUUAGGAAAACACUUGGUAUUCCAUCUUAAAUUAAAAUGUUUAGUGUUUAAUUGAAAACAAAAUUGUGUAAUUAAAAUGUCAUAUGAUUCAGUGCAAAUAUAUUAUUUUUAAAUUAAAAUUUUAUCAAAAUGUGA